AUGGACAGCUCACCAGCCUCGUCUCCUGUUAAAUCAAAUAGUCCGCCUUUAUCUCCUGCUCGAAUGAGCAGUCCCACUGUUCUGUCUUCUCCUGACUGCCCUAGUCCGACUCUCUGUAAUUCAAGCCAACGAUCAGGCUCUUCAAUUACGAUGAAUACAGAUUUACAUGCCUCAUAUCUAAGCCUUUCAGAGGAUGGCAAACCUACGCCUUCUGAAGCGAAAGAGAGCACAUUUGUUACACAUGACAAAACAUCAAAGUCUCGGACAUCAAGGAAACAUUUUCCAUACCCCCCCAAUCCAGCUCCAUUGGAGCUUCGUUAUGCAGCUCGGAUGAUGAAGUCCAAAUUCCAACCAGAAUUCUCGUUGGAAGCAACACAGAAGUUUCAAGAACAGUUGGAGAGCGGCCUUUCUCAAAUGACGACUGCAACCUUGUACAAAGGAUACAAGGCCAAGCUCGCAAGUCGCGAGGUUGCGCGCCAACGCAUGGUGUUGGCGACGUGGGAAAUUGACGAGGCUGCACAGUAUGAAGAAUUCCUCAUUGCCAUCUAUGGUGAAAACGAACAACGGUUCAAGAUGGCGGAUGGGGAAUUGCACGGCUUUAGGAGGAUUUUUUCACAGCGUGGGCAGGCGGAACUUGAGGAUGAUAGAAAAUAUCUUCAAGCUGUCUUUGAAGACGAAUGCGAGAUCCUCCGCGUCGCUAGUGCCCAAACUGACCAGGUUGCAACCCUCCUCAAUUCACGUGUUAAACAUGCAUUUUUGAAACCUGCUGCGGCAUUUCCUCUUCACCCUAAUGGUGGACUCUCCUGCAUCGGCACUAGGGAACCCUCUGAACACUCAGAUCCAGAUUUGAGUGAUGGGUCUUACGCAGACCUGCCCCCAGAUGAUUCGGAUCAUGACUCUGAGGAUUCAGGUGAAGGCGCAGGCUCUAGGUUGUCAGCUGACUGA